UAUAGAUUGAAAGUGUAUGAAACAAUAGCAUUUUUUGGAACUUAUAAAUUUGGAUGGUAUAACAAAUGUUGAAUCAAUUACUUUGAUAAAUAAUUUUAGAUAAAUAGAAAAGCAUGGGAGUUAUUUAUAUAUUAUGAUCAAAAAAUAUAACUUAGAAAAGGAGAUUAAUUAAAUAUGUUCAAAUAAGAUUCAACUGUAGUUAUGGUAUUUAAAGCAAAUGGAAUAUAGAGAAAGGUUAAAGGUGUAGAUGGAGAAAGGUAUUCGGAGAAGUAAGUUGAGUUUUGAUAAAAAUAUAUCAAUUUUAAUUUUAAUGGCAAUAUUAAGAAUAAGAGAAUAAGAAGUAUCAUAUUCUUAUCUCUACAUUGUUGUGUCAUAUAUAGUGAUAAAGUAUCUGUUGGAAUAAUUUAUUAAUCUAAGACAAUUAGAUUAAUUAUCAGUGAAACAGAUGCCAAUUCAUAUUGAACAGACUUUAGGGAUUACAUAGAAAUAAUUUAAGAGAAGUCAAAGAUUUUAUUAUGAUAAAUUGUAAAAUAGAUUGAGAUAUUGUUUAGAUCAUUUGAAAUGUAUACAAAAUCAAUCAAAACAGCAAUCGAGAUAAUUGUGAUUUUAUGUGGUGUGAUGCCAUUCAUUUGGGAAAGGACUGUUACAUUCUUCAAAAUGGAUCCAAAUUCAGAGGUAAUUCCAUUUUGAGUAUAGUUUUAAAGAGGAUUGGCAUAUAUCUUUAUGGAAUUUCUACGCCUCAAAUUAAUUGAUGUUCCUAAUAAUUUUUAUAACACUCAUGUUAUAGAAAAGAGAUAUGAUUUAAGUCAAAUAUCAUUUGCACUUUAAUUUAGUGAUUUAGUCAUUGAAUCAGCCUUAUGGGUAGUCUUUGUACCUAUAUUACUAUAUUCCUACUUAUAUGUAGCUGAACUUGGAGGAGAUUACUUUUUUAUAGCUGUAUAUAUAAAAUUAAGUAUAUAUUUAGAUGUAAUUCUUCGUACUAUUUAUGGCAAUAGUAUCAAGUCUUGUCUAUCCAAAUUAUAUUUAACCUUUAUUCAAUGAAUUCGAAGAAUUAAAAGAAACAGAACUUAAAUAAGCAAUUAGUCAAUUAGCAUUAAGAAUGAACUUUCCUUUAGAAAAGAUUCUUGUCAUGGAUGGAUCUAAAAGAUCAGAUCAUUCAAAUGCUUAUUUCUUUGGUAUGUACAGUAAACGUAUUGUACUCUAUGACACUCUCAUUAAUAAUCUUACUAAUGAAGAAAUUGUUGCUGUUGUUGCUCAUGAACUUGGACAUUGGAAAUAUAAACAUCCUUACAUAAAACUGUUUUUCUUUUGUAUCAAAAGUAUUUCAUAAUAUAUAUGAUUUAGUUCUUAUUACUUUUUAUAUCUUUGGUUUCUAUAGAGAUUCAGAUGUUGUGUUUUUAAGUUUUGGAUUUAAAGAGAAAUCAAUCUUUAUUGGUUCUGCUUUAUUUUUCUCUCUUUUUGAACCCAUGAAUACAUUAUUUCAAAUAUUUGAACUCCAUCUAUCACGUUUCUUUGAAUAUUAAGCAGAUAUCUUUGCCAGCCAUCAUGGUCUUGGAUCUUAUUUGAUGAGUGGACUUGUCAAAUUAUUCAAAUAGAAUUCUACCAAUUUAAUGAUAGAUACAGUCUAUUAAUGGUACUAUAAUAGUCAUCCUUCAUUAUUCGAACGAUUAAAGUACUUAAAUAAAUUGAGAUGA